UGCAUUUCAAACGGAAUUCUUUGGAAAAACUUUUUUUACACUGGAGAGCCUACUUAUCAACUAGAUUACCACUGCGUCUUGUUUCAAGGCAUGAUUUAAAAGUAAUGUGGAUUAAGUGUUUUCAAACCCGUUAAAGCAUAAAAUAGGAGUGAAUGCAACCACGCCUACUCCGUCAGAAUGAAGGCAUUACCCUCAGGACUGUCUUACCUGCGAUGGAAUCUCCUGGCGCUUCUGUUUGUUUUGGCGGCAAUGAUGUCGAAGGGCCGUGCCUGCCCGAGAUCCUGCGCGUGCUACGUUCCCACUGAGGUUCACUGCACUUUCAGAUACCUGACCGCAAUACCACGCGAGAUUCAGCCGGUUGUGGAACGAAUUAACCUGGGAUACAACAGCUUAGCAGUAUUGAGAGAAAACGAUUUUACCGGCCUGGAAAAUCUGGAACUAUUGAUGCUUCAUAGUAACACCAUCAGUAAUAUUGAAGACCGGGCUUUCAAUGACCUCAAGUCUUUGCAAGUGCUAAAGAUGAGCUACAACAAAGUAAAAGAAAUCAACAAAGACACGUUCAGUGGUCUUCACAGUUUGGUGCGCCUCCACAUUGACCACAACCAAAUCGAAUUCAUCAACCCAGAGACCUUCUAUGGUCUGACCAACCUACAGCUGGUCCACCUGGAGGGCAACCUCCUACAGCAGCUCCACCCAGACACCUUCAUCACCCUGCGCCAUAGCCAGGUGUUCAAGUGGUCCUCCGUGAAGAGCAUCUACCUGUCCGACAACGCCCUCACCAGCAUACCGGCAGACCUGUUCGCAGGCUGUUAUCAGCUGGAGAAUGUGUAUCUCCAUGGAAACCCUUGGUCUUGUGACUGCCACAUGGAUUGGCUGACCGAGUGGGCUGAAAAGAACCCUGGUGUGCUGAAAUGCAAACGAGACAAGAAGGCCUCUCACAGUCCAGCAUGCCCAGUGUGUGAAUCACCAGUUACUGCCCGAGGGAGAGGCCUGACUCAGCUUGCCCGUGACGACUUUACCUGCACCAAGUCCUGGAUCCACCCUUACUUGAAGCAGAGGAACUUCACGCUGGACGAGGACGACUUCACCCCAGUCUCUGCAAAGGACUUCAUCGCCCCCAUUGGCACGCUGCAAAUGAAUGUGACGGACGAGGUCCACAACGACGCCACCUUAGCUUGCGUUGUUCAGAGGCCAUCUGGGGUGGAGAAUCUGAACCUGACACAAAUGGGGGACGACGAGGAUGUCACCGUGCUGAGGGCGACCAUCAGCACGUCACUGGUCUGUAACAUCGACUACGACCAGAUUCAGCAGCUGUGGCGUGUUUUGGCCAUGUACAGCGAUACGCCUAUGAGACUGGAAAGGGGACUACUGCUGUCAAUGUCACCAGAGAUGACCUACAAAUACCGACAGGCCCGGCUGCCGGACGAGGAAAUUUACACUGAGGUUGAAGCAGAUAUCAAAGCCAAUCCGGCGUGGCUACUGCAAGGGCAGAUUAGCCUGCAGCUGGACCGAACAACCACUACGUUCUCCACACUUCAUAUUAGGUACUCGUCGUCUGUCCAGUUGCGUGUGGACAGCAGAAACCUCCGCAGAGACAGGUACAGCUGGUCGAUGAUCAAACAGGAUAAUCAGACAAAGACGGAGCAUGCUGUUGUAACUGGCAACACAGCGGUGCUCAACUGUGAGACAUUUGGAAACCCCAAACCCUCCAUGGAGUGGAUCUUGGCAGACGGCAGCAAGGUCAGGGCGCCGUACCAGAGCGAUGACCAACGGAUUACAAUCAGCGACUCGGGGAAGCUCACCCUGAGAUCGGUGGACAAAUCAGAUGCUGGGAUUUACCGAUGUAUUGCAACAAACUACCUGGAUGCCGACGUGUUGAUCUUUCGGAUUACAGUUUUGUCCCCAGAUGUGGAGGAGACAGAGGUGAAUGGGGUUCAGAUGACCCGCUCACUGGGCCAAAGCUUGCUCCUGGACUGUGGAUCUACUGGGAACCCUAGAGCUUAUAUUCAGUGGGUACUUCCUGAUCACUCAGUCUUGGACAAGACGAAUGGGAACAGACAUGUUUACAUUAAUGGCAGCUUGGGGAUACAGUCACUGACAGAGAGAGACCGAGGAUUUUACAGAUGUUUGUCCUCGAAUUAUCUCGGGGUGGAUUUGUUAACGUCCCAAGUGAGUAUUACCGAUGAGGGGACAAAGCAAGUGCAAAUAAUAGAUUCCGAGGGCUCAGGGAUCAAUGAGAUUGAUGCCGACUCCGAGGAGACUGAGACCACUCACAGUGGACUUAUUUAUUCUAAGUCAUCUCAACGGACUAACCAGGAGUCAAGGACCAUCACCUCAGACAGGCCGUAUCCGAGGAAUAAGCCACCGCCCACCAGAGGAGGUCACAGGAGAGGUAACCCCUUAAGCAACAGGAGAAAAUGGGGAAGCAGGCGGGUAUUCGAUAAGGGAUCUCGAAGGGUGGAUCCUCAAAAAUUUGCAGAGUUCAUGAAGAAAGCUCAGUCUGGCCAAACAACAAACAAUGAGAUAGGGAAAGCCGAUCAGGAACAUGGAAACACCAAAACAGAUCUGGGGCUCUCUGGAGAUGGGGAUUUGGGUUCAGGAGAGGGUUUUUCUGAGGAUCAAAUUGUAGCGAUGCCAAAUGGUGUGGUGACAAUCACAGAAAUGCCAGAGACCAACCAGUAUGAUGAGGUAACAACCAAGGGAUUAGAGGACAGUCAAGAUAGUGCGAUGACAACCACAGACACUUAUGUGCAUUUAUAUGACAACCAGGAUGGACACAUGACAACCACUGAAUCUUUAGACAAAUAUGAGAGAGCUGUUAUGUCAACAACUGAAAUAUUAGACGAUAAUCAGGAUGGUGUUUUGAGCACUACUGAAUCCAUAGACAACAUAUGGAGUGAGGUUGUGACAAGAACGGAAUCCUCAGAUGACUCUCAGGACUAUGAAAUGACAACUACAGAGAAUCCAGUUGACUCUGUCACCAGUGCCAUCACAACAGCUGAGACUAGAGACAAAUUAACGCCUGGACCUCACCACAGGUCUGACAUCUCACCGGUGCUGUUCCCAGCUCUCGGUGUCACCACUAGCAGCUAUGACAUUCAAAGAGACGAAACAACACCAUUUGAAAAUAAACAUACUUACUCCAGGGGAUUCAGUGACAAUAGACGGUAUACUUUUCAAACAAGACCCAAAGACUCGUUUAAGCGACCAGUCACACUUAAGCUCAGGACUGAAUCCACUGACGAGAUGCAGCUCAUGUUCUCUGGCGACACACCUGAGUCUUCGACUGAGGGGAUGUCUAUUGUCAACAGCCAGAACCCAAAUGUCACUCCGAUGAUGGAUGGACUGGCCCCGAGACUGAAGCCAGUUGUUCAUACGUCCACUGACCCCGACAGCCAGACUACAUUCACAGCUGUGACCACAACAGAACGUGAGCAAGACGAAAUCACCUUUCACACUACUCAGAGGAUCAAGUCUCACCGCCUUCCAGCUGGAUCCACCAUCAUCUCACGCCAACAGAUAGAAAUAAUACCUCCCCACAGGAGGAGGCCGGGACGGAGACGCAACUUCCCCAACAGGCGAAGAAUAAUUCGACCAAACAAGAUCACAGACAUCCAGUCCUACCUUGAUAAACUCAAGAAGCCUUCGGUCUCACAGAAGGGGGCGGCCACAGUGCCAUAUUCAGUAGAGCUCAGCACAGAUUGUGGAGAUUGUGACGACACAGCAGGUAGGAAGAAUACAGCAGAGGAGAGUAACACUAACAUUCACAGUUCUUCGCCUCAAAGAACGGAAAAGCCCAUCAGGGCCAAUACCUUCACAAGAUCUCCAGAGCAAUAUCCUGAGAAAAUAACACAAACAUUUACCUCAGGCCCUGUUACCCUGCACGUAAGAACUGAAGGAGCUAAUAGUUACAUGACUUCUGCAGAUGCCCCUGAUCUGGAACCAACACAAGAUCCGGUGGCAUAUCAACCAACAACCACUAAAGCUACUACAACUACAAAGUCAUCCAAAGUUAUUCGAGGUAAAAUACCCUGGCAUAAACUGUUUGGAACCAAAGAGGGCCAAAAAGAACUGCUAAACAGGCUUCGUAAACCAGUUAAACCAGCCACCACAACUACCCAGAGCACAACUACAACCACAACCACAGUCACAACUACAACUACAACCACACCUACAACUACUUCAGCAAUCCCAACCACUACCGAAGCUGAAAUGGAAACAACCUUCCUGCCAACUGUGGAGUCUCUUGUGGCACCAGUAACACUACCACCUACCAUGUCUGAGAAAGAUCUUGAGACAUCAGGAUAUGACUCUGAAGACUCUUUCAGCACCAUAACAAAAGAAGAGUCGACCACGGUGACCCAGGCUCCGACCACACAGGAGACAACUACAACUGCUCCCACAUAUGGCUCCAGAUUCCCCUCAACCAUGGACUCAUCCUCAAGUGUAAAGACUCUUGAUGUGCCACCAACAAUAAAGCCUAAAGAGGAGGUUGUUGAAUCAAGCUUCUCUGGUUCUGACUCUUGGGGUUCAGGAAUAUGGACGCCCCGAAGGGUUGGGGGACAAAACAGGCGAUUUAGAGGGCGAGGGCGUUUCAGAGGCCGAAGGCCCAUGAGGAAACCCACCACAAAAACUCCAACCACAACAACAACAAUGGCAACAACAGAACGACAACAACAGAGGUGCCAGAAACUAUCAAAGAGCCAUUCAGGAGGUGUGUCACGGCCACUCUACACACACUUCUGGGAGAAAGAGAUUGCUGUAGUGUCCUCCCCAUCUGGAACCAUGGACUCAUAUGGUGUAGAGUGGAGAAUCCCAUCAUAUUUCACCACCAAUCGGCCGAGGGAAUACACCACGUCAAGGCCCACCACACCCUCCAGAACCACUCCAUCCUCACGGCUGUAUGGAACCCCACGGUCUCGAGUGCAGACCAGCAGAGAUAACAGAAUGUACACCAAUGGCAGAGUGCCCCCUGGCAGGUACGGGCAUUCCCCAACACAUAGACCUCCAGUCAGACCAGUGAGACCCACCAUGCCUGUCAUCACAGAGGGAUCUAAGAGGAGGACAGACACAGAAAGGACACUGACCUCUGUCAGGACAACAGACCUCCCAACAAAGCCAGAAUACACCAACAGGCCCUCCCUUUAUGACUAUGAUGACGUUGAUAACACGUACGACCACCAGGCCAAAGAGUACGACACAACAACGUCCAUCAUUACGGAGCCAUCCACGGAGGAUAUGCCGGCCAAGCCGAGGAUUGUGGGGGGCAACGCUGCCAGCUUCACGGUGCUGUCGAACUCCGACGCAGUCCUGCCCUGCGAGGCGGACGGUAACCCCACACCCACCAUCAGCUGGAGGCGCUUCCUGACCAGCACAGAAUGGGUACUGCUUGGGACCACACUGACCGUAAGAGGAAAGAUGGGCAAGUUCGAGGUCCUCCAAAACGGAACUCUGUACAUCCAGGAUGUGAACAUAAAGGACCGGGGCCAGUACGUUUGUCUAGCCGAGAACGACUACGGCUCUGACAAGCUCAUCGUCACCCUGUCUGUGGUGGCGUACCCGUCGCGCAUCCUCGAGCCCAAGGUCCGAGACAUCAAGGUGCAUUCUGGGAACACAGUCGAGAUGAACUGCAAAACCGAGGGUCGGCCCACACCCCUGGUGUCAUGGAUCCUGGCCAAUCGGACGCAGGUGAGAGGCCAGGACACCGAUCACGGGCAAGUCUCGGUCACACCUGAGGGGACGCUGGUCCUCCACCACGUGUCCGUGUACGACCGCGGUCACUACAAGUGCAUCGCCAGCAACGCCGCCGGGGUGGACACGGCCACCGUGCGCCUGCAGGUCAUCGCAGCGCCCCCCGACAUCCUGGAGAAGAAGCGACAGCAGCUCAGCGUCCGCUCCGGCGACGACCUGUGGCUGCCAUGCACGGCGAAGGGCACCCCCCAGCCCACAGUCCACUGGGUCCUUCCCGCUGGGUCAGUGGUUCACCCACAGCGCUACGCUGACCGGAGGUCCUCGGCGUUCGCCAACGGCACUCUCCACCUGAAAAGCGUGACGACAGCAGACAGCGGUGUGUUCGAGUGCAUCGCCAACAGCCCCGCCGGCUCAGAGCGGCGAGUGGUCACCCUCACCGUGGAGACCACUCAGACUCCUCCGCAGAUCGUUGAGGUGUCCCAGAGGAGAACUGACCUCGAGUUUGGGGAUCAACUCCAGCUCAACUGCUCGGCCUCCGGGGACCCCAAACCCAGGAUCGUGUGGAGACUCCCGUCCAAGGCAGUGGUUGACCGGUGGCACAGGAUGGGCAGUCGGCUUCAGGUCCUCGAGAACGGCACUCUCAUCAUCGACUCCGUCAGUGAGAAGGACGCUGGCGACUACAUCUGUGUCGCCCGCAACGAUCUCGGCGAUGACCUGCAGCUCCUGAAAGUCGGCGUGUCCAUGAAACCGGCGAAGAUCGAGACCAAGGCCUACGGCAAGAAGCAGGUACCGUACGGCAAAGACCUGCAGGUGGACUGCAAGGCCUCCGGCGCCCCCAUGCCGGAGAUCUCGUGGGGCCUCCCCGACGGCACUGUGGUCAACAGCGCCCUGCAGGCCGACGGGACCAGCAGGGGGCGCUCCAGGCGCUUCAUCCUCUUCGACAACGGGACGCUGUACCUGAACCGAGUGGGCAUGGCGGAGGAAGGCGACUACACGUGCUACGCGGAGAACACCGUGGGCAAGGACGAGAUGCACGUGCACAUCACCGUGGUAACGGCGGCGCCUCGCAUCCGCGCGCCCAGCGCCACCUACGCCAGGGUGGCCCCGGGGGGGAACGUCCGCUUCGACUGCGAGGCCGUCGGAGAACCCAAGCCCAAGAUUCUAUGGAUGCUGCCGUCGAAUGACAUGAUCGCUGCGUCCAACGAGCGCUAUCUGAUGCACGUCAACGGGUCCCUCGAUAUCCGUGACGUCAAGCUGGUGGAUGCGGGAGAAUACGUCUGCAUGGCUCGGAACACUGCAGGAGAUGACAGUAAGGUCUACAAGCUGGACAUUGAUGGAAACCCACCUGUUAUCAACGGAUAUUAUCAAAACAGGACGGUGAUUAAAGAAACCGCAGCAAAAUACUCGAGGAAGUUCAUUGACUGCAAAGCCGUUGGAGACCCACCACCACACAUCACGUGGAUUAUGCCCGAUAACAUAUUUCUCAAAGCUCCUUACUACGGGAGCAGGAUUAACGUGCACCACAACGGCACUCUGGAGAUCCGCAACGUGCGGCCGACCGACUCCGCCGAGUUCAUCUGCAUGGCGCGCAACGAUGGUGGGGAGGCCGUCAUGGUGGUCCAGCUGGAGGUCACCACCAUGCUGCGCAGGCCCAUCUUCAAGAACCCUUUCAACGAGCGAGUGGUGACGCACAUGGGCAAAACCACCGUCCUCAACUGCUCUGCCGACGGUCACCCACGACCCGACAUCACCUGGAUGCUCCCGAACGGGACUCGUCUGUCCGCGGAGUCGGAACGAGGCUCGCAACAUCACCUGAGUGGCGACGGCACCUUCGUAAUCUACAACCCGGGCAAGGCGGACGCAGGGAAGUACCGCUGCGCCGCCAAGAACAGCGUGGGCUACAUCGAGAAGCUCAUCGUGCUGGAGGUGGGCCAGAAGCCGUACAUCCUGACGCGGCCGCGGGGUGUCAUACGGAGCGUGGCGGGGGACCCGCUGUACCUGCACUGCCUGGCUGACGGCAGCCCUCGACCCGGCGUGUCCUGGACACUCCCGGGCGGUCUCGUCCUGACCCAGCCGCAGUCCACCGGCCGCUACCGGCUGAUGGAGAACGGUACGCUGCUGAUCCGCGACACGGUGCUACACGACCGCGGGAGUUAUCACUGCCGAGCGAGGAAUUCUGCCGGCGACGCCCUGCUCACGGUCCCCGUGGUGAUAGUUGCCUUCCCGCCACGGAUCACCACGGGCCCCCCGGCGACCAUCAGAGCUGUCUCAGGGGUUCCGCUGAAGCUCAACUGCCUCGCGACUGGACUCCCUACUCCCGAGAUCACCUGGGAGCUCCCUGACCGGUCGGUGCUCUCCACCGCGGCAAAGGGCCGGCCAUCGGGCAGCGAGCUGCUUCAUCCGCAGGGAACCCUGGUCAUUCAGAAACCUACCAACGCGGACUCGGGCGCCUACAAGUGCUUUGCCAAGAACCACCUUGGCACAGACACCCGAAUCACAUACGUCAGGGUUAUAUGAGACUGUGUGUAGGGGAGGAAGGUACAAUGGUAUGAAAGACAUUUGACUUUACAGCCCUGCCAAAAUUGCCUUGCGUCAAUAUUUAUCUGCAAGCGCUAUUUCCAACUGCAACUCAUGUGGAAUAUAUGAGACUUGUUACAGCAAUGAGGCACGAAACAGGAAGUCUGUCGUUGAGACUGAUGAAGCCAAGAGCCGAUGGAUUGCCCUGAGUUCAGGAUUGGUUCCUUGGCAGGGCAUGCAGUAAUUGUGAGGUGUUAUUUUAAUUGGAACGACUCGGAGGUGUGGAAAGCCAACAGUGGCUCCUGGUUUACUGUUUCAGAACAAUGUAUGAAUCAGUUUAGCCUUACAGCAAGCGUUACACACACAUAGAGGGCCGGCCCUUAGCCAGGCUCAGGACAGGGAUACUAUUACCACAGCGGCAGAGAAUGAGUGAGAUCCUCUGGGAUUCCUUUCCCAGGGAUUUGGUCCAUGCACAGCCUACAAACAGUGGCAGAGUGAUCAGCACUGACUGAGAACAUGGUGGAAGGGAGGGCCUCAGCCUUACCAGAUUGCCUGUGGUCCCUAUCCAUACAAGCUAACCCAUUACCGUUUACAUUAUCCACACAGUAUACAUAUUUUGCAGUUUGAACACUGGAUUGAUAUAAUUUGCUACCAAGAUAAACACAUUUGCACCACAAUAGGUUGGCAUAUAAAAUAUGUAAAAUGAUAUGGCUUUGUCUAAAACUAUGCAGUUGUGGGUCUGAUGAUAAGAGUAUAUAAAAGAUUUGACUGCUUUUUAUUUAAUUGUGCAAAGUCAAAGUGCAUUUUUACAAUUAUAUUAUCCCUUUCUCGGAAUACAUGAACACACUUUUACUUUGUAAGUAAUAAUAUGUUAGUGUCAUGGAAAUAUUACAUAUCCUAAUAACAAUAAAUAUUGUUUUUGAGGGUAA